CACAGCCUCGGCACGUGCGUUACUUGCAAUUAUAUGCGGCGCUAGGCAUCGAUAACUCGUUCAUCUAUAACCCCUUGCUGUGAUUCUUGCAGGGAUCCAUCCCUUAAAGGCCUUGGCACAACUUGCCAGGGAGAGCAUCAUGCAUCUCACUGCGCUGCUCUGGGCGCACGCCGCCGCGUUGCAGCAGCCAUUCCGAGCCGCACCGCGCCGCGCUGUCGCCGCGCGCGCGCGCUUCGAGACUGGCGAUGAUGUGCCCGGCGGGACGUACGAAACUUACGAGCACGACGGCUGGACGUGCGGCUACCGGCACAAGACGGGCUGCGAGCCGGCGAUCGUGCUGCUGCAUCCCGUCGGUAUUGGCCUCUCGAGUUGGUUCUGGACGAGAGUGAUGGCGGAGCUGCCCAAUGAGGUCUACGCGCCCGACUUUAUUGGGUGCGGCCGCAGCGACGCGUGGGACCCGGCCGAGCGCGGUUUAUUUUUGCCGCUGGACUACUCGCGGCAAGUCGAGGAGCUCUGGCGCCAGAAGAUCGGCAAGCCCUGCUGCGUCGUCGCGCAGGGCGGCCUGGCGCCCGUCGGGGUCUACCUCGCCUCGCGGUCCUCGGAUCGGUGGGACGGCGCGCGGGCCGUGGCGGGCCUCGCGCUGAGCGCGCCGCCGCCCUUCGCCGACCUCGCCGAGGGCCUCGACAGCGCGGAGGUAGCUCGAAACUUGGAGUUUUUGCAGUCGUCGCUCGGGCGGCAGCUCGUCAAACUGCUCCGGAGCGCCUUCUUCGUCAAGUUCUUCUCGGACCUGUUCCUCUUCGCCGACGCGUGCGACGAGGCGUGGAUCAGCAACUGCCUGACGGACGAUGAAAGGCCGAAAUCUAUAGAGCCGGUGCUGACGUUCAACGCGGGCGUUGUCGGCGCGCGCGGCCUCUUCGACGAGCUCAAGACACAAAUCCCCCAACCCGUGCUGGUCAUCGAGGGCGCGGCGGACAAGCGGAGCGAGAAGCGCGGCGGCUACGCCGAGACCGUCCCGGACCUCGAGCGCGUGGCGAUCGAGGGGUCCUGCAACGUGCCGCCGUGGGAACGGCCCGGCCUCGUGGCGGACGCGAUCGGCGCGCUCGUAUUACGCGCGCGGAGGCUCGGGCGGCUCGAGGCGCCUGGAUAAGAAAUUAAUCGAG